AUGAGUGAAAUCAAAUUAGAGACAUUGGGUCAGCUACAGACAUAUUUGGUAUUGAAAAGAGCAGAUUUGCUGUGUUACUAUCAAGGAUUGGUGGAACUAGGCGGUGAUAAUGUCGAGUAUUUGGCCAUGUUGAAUGACGAGGAUUUGAGCCAAGUCGUGGAAAUGCUUGGAAUGACCGGCAAACCUCUGCAUAUUCAACGCAUGAUCAAGGCCCUUAACGACUGGAAAAUGACGCCUCACAGCUUCCAAAACGAGCUAGAAUACUACAACCAAGUCCCCUCCAAUUCCAUUCCCAUUCGAAAUCCGUAUAAAGAAAUCGAGCAUCAAAUUCAACAACUUUGCGAGGACUUCUGCGAUGAAGAAAACGAGAAAGUCAUGGAAGAACUUCGAGAAUCACGAGAAGCAGAGCGCGAAAAAGUCAAAGCUCAGUUCGGGGAGAGCUACGCGAAAGUUCAAGAAUUCGCGAUUCGGAAGAUAAUCAACGCAAAGGAUGAUGUCGCUGUUCUUGAUCAAGAGCUGUUAGUUCAAAUCGGCAAAUCCUUGGUCCGAAUCGACCCUUCCUACCUCUCAGAAACCAACCAAACCCGAAUUCUUGAAGAUACACAGAAACUGCUCCUUCAAUUCCGAGAAUCAUUUCGCUCAAACGAUGACCGAACCAGUGCUUCUGAAGAAGAAGAGUAG